GAGAGUUUUUUUCUUCUAGAGUGACACGUACACAUGGAGAAUUCAUCAAGUGAAAAAAUCGAAAUGAUGGAAGAGCCUUUGCUGGUAGAUGCUUCUGAAACUCAGAAGGGUGGCUUCAGAACCUUGCCUUUCAUCCUUGAGUAACUGUCCCUACUCACUAAGUGGAGUUUGUGUUUGCUGCUACAAACUUGAAAGAGAGAGUUUUUUUUUUUUUUUCUAGAGUGAUACGUACACAUGGAGAAUUCAUCAAGUGAAAAAAACGAAAUGAUGGAAGAGCCUUUGCUGGUAGAUGCUUCUGAAACUCAGAAGGGUGGCUUCAGAACCAUGCCUUUCAUCCUUGGAAGUGCGGCUUUGAUGUUUGUGGCGUUGUCUGCUCUAACUCCAAACAUGAUCCUGUAUUUGAUGGAUGAAUAUCACAUGGAUAUGACCACUGGAUCAAAUAUUCUCUACAUCUGGUCAGCAGUUACCAACAUCGCUCCAGUUGUUGGGGCCUUUAUGGCAGAUUCUUUUGUGGGUCGGUUCCAGAUGAUAGGGUUGGGAUCUGUUGUCACUGUUGUGGGGAUGUUUCUGUUUUGGCUGACAUCAGUGAUUCCGCAAGCAAGGCCCCCACCCUGUGGCGAUUCUAACAACAUUUGCAGAUCAGCAGAGAUGUUCCAACUCUUCUUCCUGUGUUUCUCUUUGGGGAUCAUUGCCAUUGGAGAUGGUGCAAUCAAAUCCUCAUCUUUAGCAUUUGGUUCUGAUCAGUUGAGCCAGGAAGUAUAUCAAGGAAAUGCACGUGCAAUUGAGAGAUAUUUCAGCUGGUACUAUGCCUUGUAUGCUUUGUCUGUCCUGGUUGCUCUCACGUGUCUUGUUUAUAUCCAAGUCAACAUGGGGUGGGCUUUAGGUUUUGGAGCCCUCGUUUUGCUAAUGUUGUUUUCAACUCUUGUAAUUUAUUUGGGUACUCCAUUCUACGUGAAACUGAAGCCUAAAUCGAGUUUAAUCACUGGCCUUCUUCAAGUGAUUGUAACCUCUUAUAGAAAGAGAGGUCUCAGAUUGUCGUCACAGAGUCCAGAUAUACUAUAUUAUCAGAAAAAAGGGUCAGCCAUAGUUCUUCCAAGUGAAAAACUAAGGUUUCUGAAUAAAGCUUGCAUUGUACAAGAUCCUCAGCUAGAUUUGAGCCCAGAUGGAGAAGCCAUAGAUCCUUGGCGCCUUUGCGCUGUAGAUCAAGUAGAAGAGCUGAAAGCAUUACUCAAAGUUGUUCCAAUCUGGUUGACAGGAGUUGUAAUGUCCAUAAAUAUAAACCAGAACUCUUUCCCAGUUCUUCAAGCAACUACCAUGGAUCGACAUAUUGGUUCCAGCUUUGAAAUCCCAGCUGGCUCCUUUGGCAUCUUUGGUGUCAUAUCUGCUAUACUUUGGAUUGUCCUCUACGAUCCUUUGAUUCUUCCCAUAGCAUCAAAAUUGACUGGAAAACCUGCUCAUUUCAGCACCAAAGAGAGAAUGGGGUUUGGUUUAUUUCUUUCUUUCCUGUCAGUCUUAGUGGUGGCAGCCGUAGAAUGUGUCCGGAGAAGUAUCGCAAUCAAGGAGGGCUACUCGGAUGAUCCACAAGGCGUGAUCCCUAUGUCAGCAAUGUGGCUACUUCCCCAGAAUUCCCUUGCUGGCUUUGCAGUGGCCCUGCACGCCAUUGGCCAAAACGAAUUUUAUAUUUCAGAAUUUCCUAGAAGCAUGUCAAGUGUAGCUUCUGCUCUAUUAGGAGUUGGUACGGGAGUGGGAAGCUUACUAGCUAGCUUUUUAAUGAGUACCAUCGACGACUUGACUAAAAGAGGAGGGCAAGAGAGUUGGAUAUCAAGCAAUAUAAACAAGGGCCAUUAUGACUACUAUUAUUUGGUUCUUGCAGGAUUUAGUCUGGUUAACAUACUGUGUUAUAUUGUUUGUAGUAGAGCUUAUGGUCCCUGCAAAGGAGAGGAAAGAGAGGUUAUGGAAGAAGAGAAGCCAUGAAAUUGUACAAGAAUUUAUAGUUUCUUACUUGGUGUAUGAGAAGUGUGGGAAAGUAUUGUAGUGUGCUCGAAGAAAGUGAGGAUGGUGUAGUGAAAAAGAGAAUUUAGAAAACAGAAAAAAUUAAAGUCUCCAACUUAUUUGCUAUAAAAGAGAAUAUUAUUUUAUUGAAGGAAGGUGUUCUUAUUGGUGGAGUUUUGGACUAAGUCACUCAACAACUAGUCUAGAGUUGUUUGGGUCAUACUAUAUUGUCGAGUUGUGGUAUUCUAGAGGGGACAGGCAAGUAUCAUGUCAUUCUAUAGAAGAGCUUAUUAGUAUGUAUACUUUCUUUUGGGCAUGGCUGAUGCUAAUGUAUGUAUAAUGUAUCAAAUGAAGUUGUAGUCACUAAGCUUUGUGCUGGGAAGAUAGUUUUCGCAUGGGUACUAUAGCCUUAUAUACUUGAACAAAAAUUGUACAAUUCUUUUGGGUACAUAUAUAUACCUUUUGAGUAGCUACAUGUUGGUACAACCAAAAUUAUCUUAUCAGGGAAGAUUAAAUUUAAGAGUUGUAUUCUUGGGAA